ACGUGGUUCCUAAGAUAUAAAGAGAAGAGGAGGACUAUUUCAUUUCACAGAGUUUGUGUUUAUAGUGACAGACAGGUACAUGAUAGAGGGGAACCUGAAGAUCUGAAGUACACACCUACAGCUGACCGAAGAGCUACAGGCAAAAUGUGGCGUGCCGCCUUCCUCUUAUUGGCUGCCAGCUUGUCAGUGAGCCUGGCCAGACCCCACCUCCAACCACUAUCCAGUGAGAUGGUUAACUACAUCAAUAAGAUCAACACUACCUGGAAGGCUGGUCACAACUUCCAUAAUGUUGACUACAGUUAUGUCAGGAGACUCUGCGGUACGAUGCUGAAGGGACCUAAACUGCCAGUCAUGGUUCAGUAUGCUGGAGACCUGAAGCUGCCUAAGAACUUUGACUCCAGAGAGCAGUGGCCCAACUGUCCCACUCUGAAGGAGAUCCGAGACCAGGGCUCCUGUGGAUCCUGCUGGGCGUUUGGCGCUGCAGAGGCCAUCUCUGACCGUGUGUGUAUCCACAGCAAUGCCAAGGUUAGCGUGGAGAUCUCCUCAGAGGAUCUGCUGACCUGCUGCGACAGCUGUGGCAUGGGAUGUAAUGGUGGCUACCCUUCAAAUGCCUGGGACUUCUGGACCAAUGAAGGGCUGGUUUCUGGAGGUCUCUAUGACUCUCACAUUGGUUGUCGGCCCUACACCAUCCCCCCCUGUGAACACCAUGUGAAUGGCAGCAGACCCCCCUGCACUGGGGAGGGUGGAGACACACCCCAGUGCGUCCAGAAGUGUGAAGCUGGAUACACACCCGGCUACCAAGCGGACAAGCACUUUGGUAAAACUUCUUACAGCGUGCUGUCAGAUGAGGAGCAGAUUCAGAGUGAGAUAUACAAGAAUGGCCCAGUAGAGGGAGCCUUCACCGUCUAUGAAGACUUUGUGCAGUACAAGUCCGGUGUGUAUCAGCACGUGACUGGGUCUGCUGUGGGUGGCCAUGCCAUCAAGAUCCUGGGCUGGGGAGAGGAGAAUGGUGUCCCCUACUGGCUCUGUGCUAACUCCUGGAACACUGACUGGGGUGAUAACGGAUUCUUUAAGUUCCUGCGUGGAACGGAUCACUGCGGUAUUGAGUCUGAGAUUGUGGCGGGGAUUCCCAAAUAAAUUCUAUGGUUUUGAGCCGAGGUGCCCAUUACAUAUUCAAUAGAGGACGACACGCUCAACUUGCCUGCUCUAGAAAGAACUUGUUUUACAGCUUUUAGACUUUUUAGUUAAGGCCCACUGAUCACCUUGCACACAUGGCAUGUGGUUGUUGUUGUUUUUUAAAGCAGACCGGAAAAAAAUCAUUUAGGUGGAUUAGCAGAUGUAUCACUGUUUUUGAAUUGAAUGUUUUUUGGGACUGAGCUGUUGUAAUGUCUUUAAGGCAAGGUCAAUCAAAAAAUUUGCACAAGAGGAAAUCGUUUUUUAAGAUGCAUAUGAGCAUUUCAUUUGAUCUCAGGUGAUUCAAAGCAGACUGUCACUGUUGUAGAAUUUCAUUUUUUUCCCCCUCUUGUCCCUAUUCUGCUCUUGGAAAGUGUGGAGCAUCUCAAGACUCUGCCCAAUGCAGCAGAGAUCAGUUUGUUUUUAAUGUUUUUAAUUUUUAAUGAUCACAGCUUUCAUAUUUGAUAUUUUUAUUCAAUAUUACUUCUCGGUGCCACAAAUGCCACUCCAUAAUGUUAGGUACUCAUUGUGAAUGGUGCCUGUUAUCGUUUUUAUUUUUUCUAAUUUAGUAUCAGAUGAGAAAUUUGAACUUUUUUAUAUGGUGGUUAUUGAGGUGUUUUUAUUGUCUGCCUGUGUUGAUCAAUAUAUUGGCACAUGAACUGUUAUGUUCUGAAUUAAAUAAAACAAUAUUUGGUUCCCAA